GGGCUGGGGCCCGGGGCGGGGAGAGCCGUAGCGCCGGCGGCGACGACGGCAGCGGCGGCAGCGCAGGCUCGGUGCGUGGGUCCGCGGCGGCUCGGGGUCCGCCCGCGGGCUGCGGUGCUAGCGGGCGGCCCGGCUCCCCUCCUCCCCCGCCCGCCGCCGCCGCUGUGAUUGGGUGGAAGAUGGCGCUGGGCGGAUGGAAAUCCUAAUGACAGUCUCCAAAUUCGCCUCCAUCUGUACCAUGGGCGCCAAUGCCUCGGCAUUAGAGAAAGAGAUUGGUCCAGAACAGUUUCCAGUCAAUGAGCACUAUUUUGGAUUAGUCAAUUUUGGGAAUACCUGCUACUGUAAUUCAGUUCUUCAAGCACUUUAUUUUUGUCGUCCAUUUCGGGAAAAAGUUCUAGCAUACAAGAGUCAACCUAGGAAGAAGGAGAACCUUCUUACGUGCUUAGCAGAUCUCUUCCAUAGCAUAGCCACGCAGAAGAAAAAGGUUGGAGUAAUACCUCCUAAGAAGUUCAUAACAAGAUUACGGAAGGAAAAUGAGCUUUUUGACAACUACAUGCAGCAAGAUGCCCAUGAAUUCUUAAAUUACCUACUAAAUACGAUUGCUGAUAUUUUACAAGAAGAGAGAAAGCAGGAAAAACAAAAUGGCCGUUUACCUAAUGGUAAUAUUGACAGUGAGAAUAACAACAGCACACCAGACCCAACUUGGGUUCAUGAGAUUUUUCAGGGAACAUUAACUAAUGAAACCAGAUGUCUUACUUGUGAAACUAUAAGCAGCAAAGAUGAAGAUUUUUUAGAUCUUUCUGUUGACGUGGAACAAAACACAUCAAUUACUCACUGCUUAAGGGGUUUUAGCAACACAGAAACUCUAUGCAGUGAAUACAAAUAUUACUGUGAAGAAUGUCGCAGCAAACAGGAAGCACACAAACGGAUGAAAGUUAAAAAACUGCCCAUGAUUCUAGCUCUACACCUGAAAAGAUUUAAGUAUAUGGAUCAACUUCAUCGAUAUACAAAACUUUCUUACCGGGUAGUUUUUCCUUUAGAACUUCGUCUAUUUAACACUUCAGGCGAUGCAACCAAUCCUGACAGAAUGUACGACCUUGUCGCCGUUGUGGUUCACUGUGGAAGUGGUCCCAAUCGAGGCCAUUAUAUUGCAAUAGUUAAGAGUCACGAUUUUUGGUUGUUGUUUGAUGACGACAUUGUAGAAAAAAUAGAUGCACAAGCUAUUGAAGAAUUCUACGGGUUAACAUCAGAUAUCUCAAAGAACUCUGAGUCUGGUUACAUCCUUUUCUAUCAGUCUCGGGACUGAGGGGGAACCGUGACGAAGAGAGACUUUCUGCCUCAUUUCUUCUCUGGUUAUUUUGGAAAGGAUCAAGCACUGAUUUUUCAAGAAAAGAGAAAUGCGGGAAGCUCAGGGGGCAGUAGCACACUUUGCACACAAUAAAGCAAAGACUAUGGAUUAACAGGCUCUUCCUAUCAUGGUAGUUGAUUUAUUUGCUCAGGUAUCAUGCUGUCUGCGCAGUUCCACACAACAAGGAAGUGAAAUCAGAGAUACCAGCUCCUCUUGUCAAACAGCCUUCCAGUCAUUGACGUGCAUUUUCUCUUUUUUAAUUGCACCAGUAAUGAUGUGAACUCCUUGGGGGUGCAGUAGAAAGAAUAGGAAUCUGUGCUAGGUUGUAUUGGUAAUUUAAGGAGAUAAUAUUGAACACAAUGCAUGAAUUUGCCUGUGUUGAAUAUGUAUAGAAAGAGUGACUAUUUGGUGGUCUUUUCAAGCGUAAACCAGAAGUACUUUUGGGCCCAACACUUGCAGUUGCCUUCCUGAUGUAAAAAAACUAACAGAUGCUCGAAUCCAGUGUCGGGAAGACAAAUAUGUUUUGCUUCUCUGAAGAAGCUUAUAAUAAUAUACAGUAUAUGUAUAUGUAGGGAGCAAUUGGUCAAAAGUGGCUUUUUGUUUCCCCAAGGGGAAAGACUGGCUUUGUAAUUAUAAUUUUUUUCCUUAUUUAUUUUACUGAAAACUGGUAGAGUGUAAGUAUUGUAUGAAGUGCCCAUGAUUCUGUCAGUAAAUUGGAGCAUAUUUUUAUUAGCUUUUGUCAGUUUAACUAGUCCUUUUGUUUGUUUCUAUUUUUAAGGUGAACUGUAAGAUACCUUAGGAAGAGCCGCAGCGAGGGGAGGUCAGUGGUCUUUUUCGGGAGGAACUGCUAUCUCUGGCUCGGUGUCUGUCCUUUUGUUAGAGUUUCUAAAUCGGUCCUUUUAUCCAGCUUUAAUUUCAGUAAAAUAAAGAAACUGUCAGAAAUUCCCUGUAGUUGUUGGAAUGAUAAGAGAAACUCUGGUGCAGUGGUGGCAUACCAUUUAGAAUUCUUAAAUACUCUAAUGUUUCAGGUUGAGGCCAUGUUUAGAAAAUUCAUAUCAUAGCAGUUACGUUAUUUUCAAAUGUCGUUCUUUACCCUGUAAAGAAGUCAUCCAUCAUCACCCCAGCAGCAGCUAACUGAAAACCCUUUUAAGAUUAAAUUUUAAUGAACUAAACCGGAAAUAUACCAAAAAAAGGUGUUUUUUUCCUUCCACCUUUACGAACGUUCAGAAGUUAAACUUUGUGUUUGUUAAAGACUUCAUUCUGUUGGGAAUUUUGAGAAGUAAUAUAUGUAAUGUAUUAAUGUCUGUAAACCAUUGCAUUUGACACUUUUCCAUGCAUCAGUAAGUUGUCUGACAGUGGCCGAAUGUAACUCGCAGAAAAUAAUUGAAUACACAUUCAAAAUAAGAGCAAUCAGGCCUUGGGUGUUCUUUAUCAAAGUCUUUUCAGGCAGUAAUCUUUUUUUUAAUUGCUGUAAUUUUCUAAACUUAUUUUACUAAUACUGUUGAUUAUGAAAAACAACAAAAAAGAAUGUUUUUGUCUGCUGCUAUUAUUAACAUUUAUUAUCUGUAUCUUUUAGCUCAGGAAAUGACUUCACCUAUUCGUUCCAUGAACAGAUCUGUGACAGGGUCGCUCAGCUAAUUGGGCUAUUUGAACAGAUGUGCUGGGAGAAAAUUAUGAUGUAUUUGACAAAUUGCUCUUUAACACAUAGUUUCUAAAGCCUUACCCUGGCUGGAAUGGUUUGUACCAAUUGCGCAGCCUGCCUGAUCUACCAACAUUGCACAGAGAGUCACAGCCAAGAUGGUGGGAAGGUCAUAGCAUGGGAGUAGGUACAUUCUUCAUUUUGAGGGCAUAAGCCAAAUUGUCUCAGAAUUUAAAGCUGUAUUCCUGCAGCUUUCAGUACAGAGAGGAGGACAGUGGGGCAGAGUCAGCUUUUCCUUGGGGGCCACAGCAUGUAUGAGAAAGGUAGAUGAAGUCAUUUGCAUAAAGGUACAGCGUUAGAAUAUUAUGUUGUGUUUGUUUUUACAUGUUGCAUUUAAAACAUACAGUAAAAGCCAAGGUUACACUUCAUAUUAAAGCAUUUUUAUUGAGUUCCAUGGUAGUCACACACUGUCCACAUCUACACCGUAUUUAAUAGUUUGAUUUGUCAGGCGAGGGACUAUGGGGUGAUGGUUCUCAAUUUACUUUUUACUCUUAGUGCAGCUGCAUCUACGUACAAUGUUUCGAAGCUUAUCAGAAAGUCAGUAUACUUUAAAACAUAUAGGGUUAGGGUUGGGUUAAAAACAUGCAGAUAUAGUAAGUGAGAAAAGUGACCCAUGAUGGAGAGCAUUGUGAGCUUGUCUGUUGGUUGACUGUGAUGGAGAUGCGGGGCGGGUUUAAGUUGUAAAUGGUGGCUGACUGCUAUCUAACUAUGUACAUGUCUGUUGGGAUGGCUGUCCCAUAGUGUGUAUAUUGGAAUAAAAAUUUCUAUAAAUUAUCGUAACUGAAAGUAAAUAUUCUAAAUUAAGUCUCACUUCUAAGUCAUAUGGCUUCUGCCUUAGAAACUUUACCUUGAGAAGAUUGCUUAAGACAGGAGCCAUGAGACUUUAGAAAAGGGAAAAGAGAAAAUGUAUAAUAUAUGGGUCUUGUUGCCUCUAACCAUCAGUAAAGGGUUUUUUUCUUUCCUUGAUGGCAGUAGAAAGACCUCACUUUCAUAACAUACUACUCUUGAUACUUUCUUUAAAGACACUUUUCAUUAAAGAUUCUCUCAUGAGGUAUUUAACUGGGAGCUGGGAGGCUAAGGCGCUCAGGUCCUGGCUCUUCAGUGAAUUUAACUGUGUGACCUUGGGCAAGUCACUUAACCUCUCUGUGCUUCAGUCUCCCUAUCUUGUAAAAUGGGAGUAAUACCUACCUCACAGGGUUGUUGUGGGGAUUAAUGAGAUAUAAUGUCUGUAAAGCAUUUAAGGUUCUUGAAGAAGGCGCUAUAUAAAUACAAAAUAAUAUCUAUUAAAGUUGGUUUAUUUGUG